UCCGGUCCCAUCACGCGCCUGCGCGAGCUUGACCACUAGGUAUAAACUUAUCGAGCCGUCGCCCCCGUCCAGUUCCGUGGUGAACGGCCGCCGAGCUCCCGCUGGCCCUGCGACCUCCCCGCGUGCAACAUGGCUGUGAGCUUCCUGGAGCGCGCGCAGGCAUGGCUGUUCAAGGCGCUCAUGGGCGUCCUUUUAGCCUUCUUCCAGAUGUUCUCCUCUCCGAAGCCCGGCGUUUCCUCCAAGAAGCUGCCUCCCGUCGACAACCCGCUGCUGCUCAUGUCAGCGACGCAGCUCGCCACAAAGAUCCGAAGAAAAGAGGUGUCAAGUGUUGAGGUGGUGCAGGCUUACAUCGACAGGAUCCAGGAAGUGAACCCGUUCCUCAAUGCUGUGGUCAAAGACAGGUUUGCUGCGGCGCUUCAGGAGUCGGCCCAGGUCGAUAAGCUGAUAGAGGAGGAAUCCGGAGGAGAGGAGGUGUUGGAGGACCGCCUGCCUUUACUGGGAGUCCCACUGUCUGUCAAAGAGUCCUUUGCCCUCCAGGGCAUGCCCUUCACUACAGGCGUGGUAUCCAGACAAGGGGUGGUGUCCAACACUGAUGCUCCACCGGUGGCCCUGCUGAAGAGAGCGGGCGCCAUCCCUCUGUGCGUCACCAACACCAGCGAGCUGUGCAUGUGGUGGGAGUCCAGCAACCACCUGUACGGCAUCACCAACAACCCGUACAACCUGGAGAGGAUCCCAGGAGGAAGCUCAGGUGGAGAGGGCAGCAUACUGGGAGGAGCGGGCGCCGUCAUCGGCAUUGGCUCGGACAUCGGCGGCAGCAUUCGUAUUCCCUCUUUCUUCAACGGAGUGUUUGGACAUAAAACUACUCCUGGGGUCGUGUCCAUUGAAAACCAGUACCCUACGCUGUCCGGCAGACAGGAGGAGUACGUCAGCGCCGGUCCCAUGUGCCGCUACGCUGAGGACCUGCUGCCCAUGCUGAAGAUCAUGGCGGGACCCAAAGCUGACAUGUUGUCCUUAAACAAAAAGGUUGAUCUGAAGAAGCUACGGUUCUUCACCAUUCCUCAUGACGGCGGCUCUCCUCUGGUGUCUCCUGUCAGCAAAGAGAUCAUAGACAUACAGAGGAAGAUGGUGAAACGUCUAGAGGCCGACCUCGGCGUGAAAGUCCAAGAAGUGCAAUUCCCUGAGCUGUGUCACAGCUUCCACAUAUGGAACACCUACAUGAGUCUCCCUGACAAGGAGGGCAAGCCUCCUGUGCCGUUUGCUGCAUUGAUGGGGGAGCCAGGGCGACCAGUGUGGCCUCUGUGGGAGCUUCUGAAACGGAUGGUGGGAAAGUCUGAGCAUACUAUGGCUGCCAUCAGUGUGGCUCUGUUUGGGCUGUUUCGUGUGUCUAAUCCCGUCACCAGCGUAAUCCAGAAGGAGAAGCUGCAGAAAGAUGUGGAGGAGCUGUUGGGCAAUGAUGGCGUCCUGUUUUACCCCCCACACCCCCGGGUGGCACCCAAACACCACCACCCACUCUUCAGAUUCUUUGACUUUACUUACACAGCCAUCUUCAACACCCUGGGGCUGCCCGUCACCCAGUGUCCUCUGGGUUUGGGUGAGGAGGGCCUGCCCCUGGGCGUGCAGGUUGUUGCUGGGAAGCUGCAGGACCAUCUAACCCUGGCUGUGGCUUUGUACCUGGAAAAGGCGUUCGGAGGGUGGAGAGACCCCGGAGCCAAAUAGAACCACACAGUCAAGUCCAAAUCUCCAGCUGGUUGGAUCAGGAGCUGUGUAAAUCAGGGGUGCUCAAUCCUGGUCCUCGAGAGCUACGUCCUGCUGGUCUUCCAACUCUUCCGGCCGAUUACCUAGAUCAGGUGUUGGUAAGCUGCUGACUGGGUAAACACGCCUGGUCAAGGUAAUCAGUAUCAGCUGGGGCAGGGAAGAGUUGGAAAACUAGCAGGACGGUAGCUCUUAAGGACCAGGAUAGAGCACCCUGGUGUAAACUCUGUCUGGUCACUAGCAGCGUGUUGAAUGCUCAUGUGCAUUAUAGAUUUUUGUACUUGUGAGGGAUCAGACUUCUCCAAUAAGCCAUGACUUAAUUGAUUUAACUUGUUGUGCUAGGAUUACGGCACAUAAUUUUACAUUGCUUUUAAAUGUUUACAUUAUCAGAACAAAGGUUUUUACUGCUUGUGACAUGUUUUGUGUUUGACUUCUUUAGCACCGGAUCAUACUGCAAGAGAAUAAGAAUGGUACUUUUAGCAUUUUUUUUUACAGCAGCUAUAUAUACUGUUAUGAACUAAUAUAUUCAGGUACACAAACAAUGGAAGCUCAACUGGAACUUUGCCAAACACCUUUUACCAGGUAAAAACUUAAAAAAUAGGGAGUCCUGUAGUUACAGCUAAAAGUUUAUAAGAUGAACAUGUAUAUAUCUGAGGGGAGAUUAACAGUCUCCCUCUUGGAGGAUAAAACAAGACUAACUCGAAACCUCAAAAUACUGAAAGUAUUUGUGUGAUCAUGUGUGUUGCUUUAUAGUUAAAUUGUGGUACCCAUUUUAUGCAGCAAUGUUAGAAAUAAAAUUUAUUCUACUCAUACUUUAACAAUGUUUUGGCAUCACUUCUGUGAAGUCAUAGUGUUGAUCUAAGACUCCACUCUGCUCCAAACCAAAAGUUAAAGAAUGACAGUGAAAUAAAAGCAAGAUCAGUAGCAGCUUAAAGAUGA